UACCCUGCGCCAUGCUCUCUUGGAGCUUGGAGUUGCAGCAGCGGUCUCAUUCGUCAACGGGACCCCAAAUGGCAGAAAUCCAUGUGGUCACGAAGAAUUGGAGCGCAGGUACUCGUCAUUAGAGCGAAUAGUCAGAUCGACUGCUCUUAGAAUAUAUCCUUACCCAAAAACCAUCGACAGAAUCCGCAGUUAUUGUGAGAUCCUUACGUUUGGUGUUUAUAACAACGAUAUGAGUUUCAUCCACCGGUUGUACGAAAAUCUGAUGUUUCCCUCACCAAAUUUCCCUCGGUGGGCCGAGUUGUCUGCUGUUGUAGACCAUGGAGAGUCUAAAUUGGUGGAGCUGCUUUGUAAGCUUGGAGGAAACGUCCAUUCGAGAGACUACAACGGGGCAACCCCAUUGAUGUUUGCCGUUGAGCGAGGGGUGAAAGAUGUCGUUGAAGUUCUUCUAGAUCUUGGAGCUAAUCCAACGGAUGUCGACAAUGCUGGAGAAAAUGCCCUGUAUAAAGCCGCUAUCAGUAACGAACGAGACGCCAUCACCAGUUUGAUACGAGCCAACUAUGCCUUUACCGACAGGAAACUGGAUGCUGAGCUAUUUCUUUGUGCCCUAGACACAGCACUGGCGCGUUGUGUCUCGAAUGGUAAGCCCGACACUUGGCGAAACCUUACAAGGGCGUCCCGGGAUAGGGAUCCUAUCUUCUCUGAAGCGGUUGCACCACUCUAUUGCCAAGCUCGUGCAAUUCAUCUUCUUCGCAGACCUUGCCACCACGUUCAAGGGCUGUUCGAGCUUUUUGCUGUUCAAGACGAGGAUAAAGUUCAAUUCCAAACGGUUUCUCUGGUCGAGGAUGCGGAAGAGACAAAGAGAUCGAGGGGGCUUUCCGAAGCUGCUGCCGCCGUACUUGAAGCGGGCGCUCGUGGAGAUGCAUUGUUGGGAUUAACCUACGAGUUCUGAACUCCUUGAGAUUCCUUUGUAUGUUUAAAUUCUCUGGAUAAUUUCCAGGUCAAGGAACACUGAAAUUCCAUUUAGCUUCUAUCCAACUCUAGAGCUUUGCCUCCGUUAUCGUCACACAAUACAGCUGUACUUGCUGUAUUAUGACACUUCGAUAACGUGCGAAUCGGAAUUAAUUAUCACAUCUCUCAAAUGAUUUCUUUUCUAUCAACUCUUUUGUAUCUUUCUGCUUGACAUCAGAUUUUUA